AAUAUACAGUAAACUUUAAAGUUCUCUGUUCACUGGCAUUCGAGAAGAUGGCUGAUAAGCGAAAAAACAAAAAAUCGAAAGAAGAGAUUGCACGGGAAUUCGACUUGCCCGAAAGAAAGUCGAAAAUCGCCACUAUUAUGAAACAGGAUGGUCAGGCAUAUUGCAUAUGUCGAACUUCGGAUUGUUCACGUUUCAUGAUCGGCUGUGAUGGUUGUGAGGAGUGGUAUCAUGGUGACUGCAUCAAUAUCACCGAGAAAGAGGCCAAACACAUUAGGCACUAUUACUGCCAGCGUUGCAAAGAGGAAGACCCAAGCCUGCAAACUGUUUUCCGAGUGGUGCCAGUUGACAAGACUGCGGCGCCUAGUGGCGCUACUGGCGUUAAUGACGCAGACAAACGUAAAAAGUCCAAAGAACAAGUAGCAGCUCGCGAGAGCACUACAGGAACUGGAGCAAUUGCUGCGAACAAACAAUUCUCCAAUAGCUGCGGUAAUUGUGAAGGCUGUCGCGCGCCAAACUGCGGAAUUUGCGAAUCGUGCCGCGUACGUGUUGGUGGCCAUAAACCAAGAUGUGAAAUGCGUGUGUGCCAGGCACCGUCAAUAGCAUCACAACAACAACAAUCCCAACUACAAACACAACAAACAAAUUCUCUUCCAGCGCCCACUCAAGCAGCCAGUCGUCACAAACGUAAAGAAAAACCUCCAAAAGAACGGUCACGGAAAUGGAAACGUUCUCUAAGCCCGGAGGUAUUCAUUAAUCCCGAUUUGGAGGGCGUGCGUCAAUGCUAUGGACCUCGUUGUAAACAUAACGCAAGACCUCAAUCAAAGUAUUGUAGCGACGAGUGCGGUAUUAAUUUGGCGACCAAUCGCAUUUUCCAGGUACUGCCACAACGUGUCCAAGAAUGGAAUCUGUCCAGUUGCCGCGCUGAAGAAGAGAACAAAAAGCAACUAGACCAGAUACGUUCUAAGCAAGCGGUGGUGAGAUUUGCAUUAGCCGAACUGGACAAGCGGCACAUGGAAUUGGAUAUGAUUGUGGAACGUGCCAAGCACAGCACGCUGGAUCCGAAUCGUACACAAGAUAACAAUGACAUCGAAGAUGAGCAAUCGAUGUACUGCAUUACAUGUGGUCAUGAGAUACACUCACGUACUGCAAUCAAGCACAUGGAGAAAUGUUUUAAUAAAUAUGAGUCCCAAGCGUCUUUCGGCAGUAUUUUUAAGACACGCAUUGACGGCAAUUCCAUGUUCUGUGACUUUUUUAAUCCGGCUAGCAAAACGUACUGUAAGCGUUUGCGCGUUCUUUGUCCUGAACACUGUAAAGAUCCAAAAAUUAGUGACAGUGACGUAUGCGGUUGUCCACUGGUAGCUAAUGUCUUCAAGCCGACCGGUGAAUUUUGUCGUGCACCCAAAAAGAGUUGUUUCAAGCACUACGUUUGGGAGAAGAUACGACGCGCUGAAAUCGAUUUAGAACGAGUACGUCAGUGGCUAAAAAUGGACGAGUUGCUCGAGCAAGAAAGGCACAUACGCCAUCUUAUGGCUUCACGUGCCGGCGUAUUAGGUCUUAUGCUGCAUUCCACCUAUAAUCACGAAGUAAUGGAAGAGCUAUGCCGGCAGCAAUAUUUUAAUAGUGCAGGAUCGACAUCAGAAGACCUGGUAAAUAAUAGUUAAGUUUAUUUGUAAAAUAUGAGAAAAUUACCGAAAUUAUUAUGCAAGAUUAUUUUAAAUGUAUAGUCGUAAGAAAAACAAACCAAGCAAACAAAAAAACAACACUUUUUGCAAAAACAUUGUAUUUAACAAAAAAAAAAAAAAGAAAU